AGCGCAGUCAUAGCUCCUCCACCGGAAGCCAUGAAUCCGCGUUACUAUCGCGUCCGCAUCCUGCGGGACAUCGCCCGUGCAUGUCUCGUCCCUCAGCUAUUGGUCCUAGGUGUACUCUAUCUCACACAUUGGAGUCCAGCGCCCUUGCUUCGCACGCUUCUUCACUUGAUCGCCAUCCCUGUCGUCGGUGCCUCAAAGGUAUGGUAUUCUUCGUACAAAAAUGCGAGGAUAGCAGCAUCUCUUGGAGCCGUCCCCGUGCCAUGUGUACGAGGUAAAUGGCCAGGGAACCUAGACAUCGCGAUCAGACUCGUGCGUUCGAUAAAUGACGAUUAUCUCAGCAUAAAAGCUAUGGCCGAUCUUUUCGAUGAAUACGGGUCGAAUACUGUGAACACCAGAAUUCUCUGGGCGGACCAGUUCCUAUCGAAGAGUGACCAGAACAUCAGGUACAUGUUGAGCGGAGAGGGGUUUGAGUGGUUUGAAAAGGGCUAUUAUUGGCGCGAGCGCUUUGAGAGCUUUUUGGGAAACGGAAUUUUCAACAGGGACAAGCAGGAGUGGGCAAAUCACCGUGCCAUUGCUCGUCCAUGGUUCGCCAAGGAUCGCGUUUCAGACCUCAAUCUCUUUGAUCGGCACACCGCGCACACCUUCGACUUUAUAGCCUCCUUUUCCCAAUCGCAGCAAGCGUUCGAUAUUCAAGAUCUUUUGGGACGGUUCACCCUUGAUGUGUCUUCUGAGUUCCUGUUCGGCUCCUGCUUGAACACGUUGGACGGCGCGCUGCCUGUGGCCGGAAUGGCAAAGAUGGGCCCCAAAGGCAGCUCGAUUGACGAUGAAUUCGGUACCUUUGCAUGGGCAUUCGAGGAUCUGCAAUUGAAAACCGGUACACGCUCGAUAAUAGGGAAAUUCUGGCCGUUGCUGGAAUUAUUCAAAGACCAAACGACUGAGAGUAAUAAGAUCGUUCACGGAUAUUUGAAGGGUCUCGUCGAGAAUGCAUUAAAGGAGAAGGCUAGAGCUGGGACUCAGGGUGGCAGGAAAGAUGAGGAGAAGACGUUUUUGAGUCACUUGGUGGACAGCACUGAUGACGCCGAAGCCAUUCGCUUCCAGGUUCUUAAUAUGCUGCUAGCCGGGCGCGACACAACUGCGAUAACCCUCACUUUUGUCGUGUACUUCCUCACCAUUUAUCCUGAUAUCUCAGACCGCCUGCGAGAGGAGAUCCUUGAUGAAUAUGGCGUCGAUGGGCAACCUACUAUGGAUACGAUGAGGAAGCUCAAAUACUUGCGCGCUGUGAUCGACGAAACCUUGCGCUUUUUCCCGCCUGUUCCCGUCAAUCUGCGCAUCUCUGACUCCAACCCACACACGUAUCCCGCCUCUGAUUCGGACAACGCGCCCAAAUACUAUGUGCCGCCAAACACAGAGAUUCUUUAUAACACGGCUCUCAUGCAUCGCAGACCUGACCUGUGGGGUGACGAUGCCGAGGAAUUCAGGCCCGACAGAUGGCUCGAACCAGACGUGAUCAAGAAAGUGACCAACAACCCGUGGAUGUACAUCCCGUUCCAUGCAGGCCCUCGCGUGUGUCUAGGUCAGAACUUCGCGUAUAACGAAAUGUCGUUCUUCCUCGUUCGGUUGCUCCAGCGAUUCCACCGCUUCGAACUUGCGAGGGACGCACAGCCGCCAGCAUCGCUGCCCCCUGCAAACUGGAAGACUCUCAAGGGAAGGCCGGCGAUUGAGAAAGUUUGGCCGAGUAUUUCGAUCACACCAUACAUCAAGGGAGGCCUAUGGAUUCGAGCAAUCGCGGCUGAAUGA